AUGUCCAUUUUCAUUGCCUCUCUUCGCGUUUCAACUCGUCCGCUAUCGUCCGAUCUCGACCAUCCCUCGCAACAGGGUUCCUGCAUGUCCAGUCCUUCCGAUGGGAAGAAGAUGAAGCGCACCGACACCAACCCGGGCAAGAACAACACCGAGCUGCACCGAACCACCUCCUCCUACCAGGGCUCCGUCGCCGACGGAAUGAGGUACUCUGACCGCGCUGCCAACGCCGAGCGCGAACGUCUCACCGCCUCGCAGCUUCACAAGUCCAAGACGCUCGAGGAGAGGAUCAAGCAGGCCGAGAGAGAAAACAAGAACAGGCACUAA